CGGACUGUAGCGUUCCACUCGAAUUUACUGACGCUUGUUAGCAAUGUUUCAUAAUUAUGAAAAAGGAAGUGUGUGAUCCUGGAUAUGCAUUAUGAUAAAGCAUUAUUAAGCAAAUCCUUGUAUAUGAAGUUUAGUCUUCGUAUUUAUUAACUCCAAACGCCGAUAAUUUGGUUUUAAAUAAAGUUUUCUUAAUUUGUAAUCAAAAAUGGCGGCCUCUAUUCUGAAGAUUGCAGUGACAUGUCUCUCAAGAUAUUCCAGCCACUCCUUCCUAGCAGUGAGAACGUUUUCUUCGUGUUUGCCUAUAAGACAAGGUGUCCCUCCGACCUUGUGGAAAUUAGGUAGGCUGAACCAUGUCGCAGUCGCUGUACCAGACCUAGAAAAGGCGACAGCUUUGUACCGAGAUGUGUUCGGCGCCCAGGUGAGUGCUGCUGUUCCCUUACCGGAGCACGGCGUUUAUACUGUGUUUGUGGAACUGGGCAACACGAAACUGGAGCUCCUGUAUCCCUUGGGGGAGAAGAGCCCUAUCGCAGGAUUCCUGCAGAAGAACAAAGCUGGAGGGAUGCACCAUGUCUGCAUUGAGGUUGAUGACAUAAAUGCUGCAGUUGCAGAUUUGAAGGCAAAGAACAUUAGACUGCUCUCUCCGGAGCCACGGAUAGGUGCUCAUGGAAAACCUGUGAUGUUCAUCCACCCUAAAGACUGUGAUGGUGUUCUUGUGGAAAUAGAACAAACAUAAAUCCAAAAUAGAUGUUUUCCAGUGCUGUAAGAGAGAGUGACCUCUGACUUUUUACGUCUAAAGUUGUGACACAAGAUGAAGGGGUUAUGUAAAUGGAAACAAGGAGAAAUGAUUACAGUUUCUCUGUGUUCUUUCAUGUAGUGUGUGAAAUAUAUGAGUGAAUUAUGCCCUACUUUAAUCUGUUCUGUAGCAACUUCCUUGACAUUUUUAGUAUAUGAAUGGAAAUGUUCUGGAACAAUACUUGGUAAUAAAAAUUGAUGUACACAUUU